UUCAACCAGUUAAACUGCAGACCUUCGAGUUCAUGCACUGACUCUAGGAUGAAAGUAAUGUAAACUCUCAAGUCACGUGAUGAAUGAAACAUUUCUCCAGCAGCUAUUAAUUCUGGAAGCAACCCAUGAAACUUUCAGAACUCAGGAACCGAGUAGAUUCGUUGUCUCCUCAGAGCUUUGGGAAGCUUGGAAUUAUUUGCAGUCUCACGUUCCGACUUUCCCCAAAGUGCUUUGAUGUUCACAAUGGAACAUCAAAAUAUGACCCUGCCUGUGGUGGUGGCUGCUGCUAGCUCUGGUCCUGCUGCUUCUACUCUUGAGAAAGGAGGAGGGAAUGGAAAUGAAUACUUUUACAUCUUGAUUGUCAUGUCCUUCUAUGGAAUCUUUCUAAUGGGAAUCAUGCUGGGAUACAUGAAAAGCAAGAGAAAGGAAAAGAAGUCCAACUUGAUGCUGCUCUAUAAAGAUGAGGAGAGGGAGUGGGGACAAGCAGUCAAGCCUCUGCCAACCAUCUCAGGACUGAGAUCUGUCCAGAUUCCCAUGAUGUUAAGCAUGCUGCAAGAGAGUAUGGCACCGGCUCUUUCUUGCACCCUCUGUUCCAUGGAAGGCAGCAGCGUGAGUGAGUCUUCCUUGACAGAUGUUAACCUCACAAUUGAAGAGGAAGUACCUGGUGCUGAACUGGGGGAAACGGCUGAAAUUGCUCUCCUAAAUGACAGCAGUGAAGGCUCUUCAGAGAGCAUCCAUCAGAAUUCCUAGCAGCUUCUUUCCUCAAAUGAAAGACUAACAAUUCCCAAUUUUACAUCCUGCCUUGAACCAUAUACUUUUCAAAUGGGAAAGGGUAAUCAUUAUGUUGUAAGAAGCAGAGGAGCUGAAGUAGCAAUGACUAAUGUGUAAUAGAAUGUCUCUUUUGUUAUGUCAGAAGGAAAAUUUCUUCCCUGGCAAAUCUCUUAAUGUAGCCUCUGCUUCCUUCACAAUAUAGGAAAACCUUGGGAAGCAGACUGAUUUGUAAAUGACUUAUGUUUUGACAGCUAGCCUUGUGGAUUUUUGCUGCUGAUUUUUUUCAACAAUCUUUUGGGUAUACUAAGGGAUACUUUUGGGUAUACUAAGAAUGCAAUGCAAAGUAAGAUCUUUGCUUCAAUCUGUUGCUGAAGGAGCACACUUGAACAAAAUCUCGACACUCCAAAUCAGCAGAGUUAUGUAGGAAUCAGGAGUCUUGUGUGGGUAUAUCUGAGCAAGAACAGAUUUUGGGGAUAAAUUUUAUGUGAAUGCCAAUGAAAUAAAUAAAUUAUGCCAAUGGAAAUUGUGAUUGCAUUUACACAACCAUAGAUUUAUGUCAACAGAGCCUGUGAUCACAGUUCAUAGGGCUACUUAAUCUCACUUUCUUUUAAUGACAAUGGUGAAAGCAACUCAAUACAAUGGAAUGAAAGUGAGGCUCCCAUGCCUCAUUAACUUUGUGAUGUAUCCAUUUCAGUUUGAAAAAUUGCCUUAAUGUAAGAAGGAGGAUGGCUCCUUUAACAAUUUAUACCACUCAUAAAUUAGAAAACUCAAACCAUAGCUGAAGUUCCUAAAAAGAUGGUGUCAAAGUAUGCUGUAUUGCUGGUUUCCCUCUUCUGCUCAGCACUUCAGCUUCUGCGUUUUGGGGAAGUCUGGAUAUGGUGCAUGAACUGAAGCUGCGAAAUUCAGACAUUGUACAAAAUUACAGAUGGAUAACCUGUCUCACUCCAGAUUUCAGACAUCCAGUAUAACUAGUAUAACCAGUCCAACCAUAGCUGAAGGUUGAUAUAUUCACCAAACCUGCAUUAAACUAUGAUUAGCAAAAUGAAGCAUUUGCAAACACACUUCAAGCCAAGAUUAUUAAAAUGCUGGUUUCAUAGCUGGCUAUAAACCAAUGUUUUGUGAGUUUAGGGACUUCAUCACAUUGAAGCAGGGAAGUAUUUGGCAGAGUAAAACUCCGUUUUGAUGAUUUCCCUAUCUUCAUCACACUGUUAAAUCGAUCACUGUUACUCAGUUGUAUUCAGCAUUCUUUGAGUCUCAUGCCAGCUUAUGGUUACUUUUGACCAUUGUUUCGCAAAAUAUUGCAACUGAACUAUGUGUCAAUUGUGUUACAAAAAUAGGCAAAUUUUAAUGAAGGUUAUAACAUUGAACUUCCAGUGCUAUGAUUAUUUUAAUCAGGCAUUGCAUUUCACAAUGACAUCAAUAUGUUGACUGGUUUUGACAACAGAAAAGUUGCCAAAAUGCCUGUCUGACUGAGUUAAACAACUUAGAAACAUGCUUAUUGUCAUGGGAAAGAAGUUUGGGAAAACAGCAUGAAAAGGAGACAGGGAGAAAAUCAGGUCAAAGCUCCCUUUCCAAUUCCAGCUCCAAAUUCAUUAUAGUAGGGUUGGUCUAAUGUCAUGGAUCAAAAAGAAUGGUCAUUUCAUCUUUCUGAUGUCAUAGGAGAUAGCUUUGUUUUGUUUAUAGGAAGCUUCAUUACUCAUUGACAAGUAGCUGCAAAUCUCAUUAAAGGCAAUGGGAAUAUUUUUAUGGAGUCUGCUAAACAACCCAUGAGCACAAAACUUAGGUUAUUUUAUUCCAAGAGGAGCUGUUAAAACUUUUCAAAGAAGCCAAGUUAACUUUUGGCAUUUUGCCUGGAAUCACUUGAAAACUGAAACUUUCCAACUCAGACUAUUGUUGGAGUUGUCACGUUUUAUUCCUUGCUGAAUCCUCAUGCCUUUUCACACAUAUCUUUUUGUGACUUUCCCUCUCCCUUCUUUGUUGUUUUGAAAGACAAAUUUGUAUAUACUUUGAUACCAGAUUGUAUAUAUUUGUCUUACAUAUUUAUGUUUAAUUGGUUCUUUCUGGUAACACUUUUUAUUUAAAUAAAGGAAUCACUUUGUGUGUA